AUGGAGAUUGACUUGCUCAAGAAGCUGAACCACGCCAACAUUGUCAAGUACUACGGCUUUGAGAAGACGACAGAAUACCUCAACAUCAUCCUCGAGUUUUGCGAAAACGGGUCUUUGAGCAGUUUAUGCAAGAACUUUGGAAAGCUGCCAGAGCACCUUGGAGCAACAUACAUCACCCAGGUUCUCGAUGGACUCAUCUACCUGCAUGACCAAGGUGUGAUCCAUCGGGACAUCAAGGGUGCCAAUAUCCUCGCCACCAAGGAGGGUAUCGUUAAACUUGCCGACUUUGGAGUCGCGACCCUCUCGAACGAUGUUGGCGACAUGAGUGUCGGAUGCACAGUUAUAGAGCUCCUGGAUGGCAAACCACCCUACCAUGAUUUGCCUCCAAUGGGAGCCCUCUACCGCAUUGUGCAAGACGACCAUCCACCAAUCCCCGAGAGUGUCUCAGCAAUUGUGCGGGACUUUUUGAUGCAGUGCUUCCAGAAGGACUGCAACCUUCGAGUUUCGGCCAAGAAGCUAUCCAAACAUCCAUGGAUCCAGAUGUCGAGGAAAAAGGCAACAGGAAGUCAACGAAGCCGAGAGAAGGCGGUUCCAGCCUAUGAGGAGGCUAUCGAGAGUGUUCGGCAGUGGAAUGAGGCACUCAAAGGAUCUUCAAAUCGCAACUCGGGCAGGAUGCGCAGGAUGACAAACGAGAAAGCAGGCCGGUCAUGGGAGCAUGGAGUUCCAGCAAUCACGGAUAUUUAUCAUGCACCAAGACCCCAGGUCAGGGAUAUCUUUUCAGCAUCAGCGGCCGCAGCGGGUGCAGCGGCUAUCGCCAUAAUUGCCCACAACAACGUUUCCACUAACAAGAAUGUGCAAAACUACGAGGAGAGCAGCUUUGACAACAAUUGGGAUGACGAUUUUGCAGAUGGAGCUCUGUCGUUUCAAAUAGCCGCCCAAGGGUGGUUUCGUGAUCAGGAGGACGAGGUGUCAAAGACUAUUCGAGCAAUACCGCCAACUGCCGCUGGUCGUCAACAGCCGUACGUUGUUCAGCCGGAAUCGCCUGGCGGGAGCGAUAUGUAUGACGAAGACUUUGAGGAUAAUUCGCAAGACCUCCGUCUCAAGAUCAAGAUGAAGGCUAUGGAGAAAAAGAGACGGCAAGCAGGGUCAAGGCAAGCUGACGGCUCGCUAAAGCCCAGUGGCUCACUUGCUGCGAGAUCCAAAGCCACCGGACCUCAUGUUCCUAUUGACCUUGUCCGUUCAAGGUCUGCUCCUGGUCAACUUGUUCUGGCCCCACCUAUGCGAACAAGCAACAUCCAGAACUAUCGUGAGGAGGAAGACGAGGACUUUUCUGAUUUUUUCGAGGGUCCUGAGAGCCAGGGUGAUGCGUAUCAGGAUGAGGGUCUUACGCUCCAGUCGAGGUUGUCAAACCACAGCUGGUUCGGGGAUGACGCUGGAUCUGACGAGGAAGAUCCAUUCGCCGAGGUGGACGAAAGUUUUGAUGAGAUUGGUGAGUGCAUCCAGUUCCGACUUCUCGAGAACCAAAAGAACAAGCGUUCAGAGAGGGAGCUGGAAGUCAUCUGUGAUCGUCUGAUGGUCUUGCUGGCUGAGAACCCGGAUGCGCGAGGACCUAUGAUGGCUAACCAUGGAGCGAUCCCUCUGUUGGAUCUGAUCGAGAACAGCAAGCAGCCAAACCUUGUCCUCAAGCUUCUCAAUAUCCUCAACAUGGUGAUUCGAAAUGACUUUGCGCUGCAGGAGAAUUUGUGCUUAGUCGGCGCGAUCCCAGUUCUGAUCAAGUACACGUCCAAGCGAUACGUCAAGGAGAUCCAACUCGCCGCCGCCCUCUUUAUCCAACAAAUCUGCCACACCAACUCCCUCACCCUCCAAAUGUUCAUUUCGUGCCGAGGUCUGAGCGUCUUGAUCGAGUUUCUACAGGGCAACUACAUGACGCAGAGGGAGCUCGUCGGGAUCGCGAUCAACGGUAUCCACAGUGUCUUUAAGCUGCAGAGUUUGACACCCCGAAACGAUUUCUGUCGACUGCUAGCGAAACAGGGGUUGCUAGAUCCCUUGUCAGCGACGUUGUAUAAUACUCUGAGGGACCCUCAAGGGGCAGCAUACACAGAUAAGAUUGUUCAGGUCUUGUUGAUCUUUUCUCAGGGCGAUUCGCCGGUCAAGGAACUUUUGGCCACCAGACAGAUUGUGCAUCGCAUGCUGAGUUCCUUGCAAAACUUGACUCCGAGUCUGUGCGUGAUGAUGCUAAAGUGCAUCAAAAACAUCUCUAUGAACUCCAAUACGCUGGACGUGUUGCAGAACGCGAGUGCCAUCAACACCCUGGUCCAAGUCCUUGGAGAGCGCACCGGCACUUUUGACACCAGAGAAUACCAGGAUGUAUGUAACCAUGUCUUAACGACAUUGUUUAACCUUUGCAGGAUCAACAAGACUCGCCAGGAAGAAGCAGCACAGGCAGGAUUGAUCCCUCACCUUCAACAAAUUGCCGAGUCGAGCUCACCCCUCAAACAGUUUGCGCUCCCCAUCCUAUGUGACAUGGCCCAUGCAGGUCGCGCUUGCCGAAACAGUCUCUGGCACAAUGACUGUCUGCCUGUUUAUCUUCGCCUGUUCAAGGAUCCCCAUUGGCAAGUCAAUGCCAUGGAUGCCGUUCUUGUCUGGCUUCAGGAUGAGACGGCGGACGUUGAGCAAAUUCUCCUCCAACCAUCCUCGCUCAACCUCUUUGUCCAGGCCUUCCUCACUGCCAAAGCCAACUCGUUCGAAAAUAUCCUGGAACCCCUCUACAAAAUCGUUCGUUUCUCUCCCUCGAUCGCCCGCGGGAUCGCAGUCCCACCACUUUUCAACAGACUGUUGGACAGACUUGCUCACCCCAAGGCUGUUGUCCGGUCGAACUUGUUGCGUAUCCUGAGGGCUAUCUUUGAAGUCCAUCCUGAACGGCUUCAGAUUGUAGCCAAGUACGGAAUCGCUCAACAGGUUGCUAGAAUUGCGGCGGAGGAUAAUGCCGUGCUGGUUAAGGAGUUGGCCAAGGAGAUUUUGGAUGUCUUUGAGGAAAGUGAUUCGGAGGGGACUUUGAGUAGUAAGGGCGAUGGAGAUGAUGAGGGCGAUGAUGAGGAUGAUGAGGUGUUCACUGUGAGCUUUUCACGAAACCAGGGUCCCAAUCAUUCCUACGACUCGACUGGUGGGCUCUUUGCAGCCGGGAAAGGUUUCAAGGCUGGAGCGGUUUCUAGAGCUCUGGCGUCGACAGCAGCGGCGACAACGGCGACACCACGAAGGCUGAAGGAUAUUACGACUUCGGAGUUGAUGCCGGAUGACCUGGAUCCCAACAAACGGACACCGUCACAGCGGUACCCUCAGGACGGACGGUUCAAGAGUCGGCCACCAGUCUUCCAGUAUGAUGUUGAGGAUCUGUUCCAGAAGGAUGUCGAUAAUCUCAAUAUCAAGGAGACAAGUGGGCUAGUUCUCCGUGGCAGUGGCGGCAACGAUGGUGGCGCAUCUGCGAGCACGCCCAAGGCGGUUGUUUGGUCUCUUCCACAACUUGUUCGGGAUAGCGAUGACGAUUUGCGGGCGAGCAGCCCCGGAUCUGAAGAUGACCAUUUCUUCACGACUCGCCUAAUGCCCGACAGUGGCCCUUCUUCCUUGGGAAAGACCAAAAUCACCGCAGCGACCUCAAUACCACCAACCACAACAACCACAGUCCGCAUGGCUGCAUCGACAACUUUCCCACCCGACACCAACCAACACGCCCACCAAAAGCUCCGGGCGGCAUUGGCCAAGGAACCAACCAAGACCGUCCGAACCGGAUCACGACGUCAAUACGGUCACCAGAAGAGCCGGAGUUUGGGCGAGAUUUUGGAGUCGUAUGUGGCUGAGUCCAAGGAGCAGAGCCAUCGGUUGUUGGAUGGGUUGAGGACUGAAGAUCUUUCGGAGAGUAUGAUUUUGAGACGGGAGAUGCCCAAGAUUCGAUUGGAUCUGUUAGAUCUGGAUCAUGUUCCGUUCAGGGGUCAGCUGGGUCUUGUUCAGUAUGAGAGUCAAGAGGAGGAUGGGCUGGAUAAGGAAGAUGAGGAGGAUUCUGGAAGUGACGAAAAUCAGGACGACGAGGGGGAGAUGAGUGAGAGUGAAAGUGGCAGCGAGGAGGAUGAAGAAAGUGAGGACGGCAGUGGGGAAGAGGAAGACGGCGAGGAAGAAGACCGAUUAGUGGCUGGAGCUCUGUCGACAACGUCUCUGCAACGGAUGUCCCCAAGUCCCGACCCAGUCGUCUACAGCGCAGUAACUACUUCUUCCACCAAAGAACUCGCCAAGAUCCUAAAGGACCACCAACAAGGAGCCUCCACCCCCAGACGACGAUUCUCCCUUGACGCUCCUUCCUCCUACCUGCAACAGCAACAACAGCGGAGUGGCCAAUCUAGUCACAGCGGCAGUGGCACCAAUUCGAGUGACCCCACGAUCCGUAUUCGGGGACCCGUCUUUGCACCUGGUGGCGCUUUGCCAGCAGGAGGGUGGCGGGCGAAUCAGGACUCUUUGGUGAACAUUCCAUCGGUGCCUUCGUUCUCGGCGGUCGCCUCGUCUGCUACUUAUGCUGGAGGGUGGAAUCAACUGCUCCUUGAUAGAAUCGGGACUGUGGAGCCGGAUGAGGACGAUGCUGAGGAUGAGGAUGAGGAUGUGAAUCUGAUGACUGUGAGUCGGCCUCCACCUUCUCUUCCUCAAACGGCGGCACCUGUAGUCCCCGUCGCCGCAUCGUCUGGUUCACCUGGUCUACAACUUGCCGCGCGUCAGAGCUAUGACGACGAGCUCGAUUUCAGCGACAGUGAUGAUGACGAUGAGGACCAAGAUGAGGAUGCUGAAGCCGGGGUCAGCCACAGGAACGAAAACGGCAACGGCAACGGCUACCUUAUCAACGACAACGACGACGAAUACGAGCAUGGCCAUUGGAGCGGUCAAGACAGCGAGAGCAAGUUCGCUACGUCUUCUCUCGUCGGCAAAAACACCUAUAAUCAAAACACCAAAAACAAGGGCAAAGUCUUGCAAUCCAGGACGCCUAACGAUAACGAAGAUGAUGAUCGACAUGAUGACGAUAACGACGAGUUGGAGGAUAUCAACCUGAGCGACGAUGAUAAUGAUUAUGAUGAUGGCGAUGCAGACGUUGCUCGACAGUGGGGACUCCACUCCCACCACGACAUGACGGCGAUAACUACGGAAACGACCAUGAUUGCUGAGGAAGAUGAGGACACGGAUGGAGGACUAGGAGGUCAACAAUCGGAGGCGGAAGAAAUUGAUUGGGCCAAGGAAGAGCGACGCCGUUCCUCGUCGCUCACCUAUACCCAGCAGCAGCAGCAGCAGCAACUAUCUCCUACAACAGCCACAACAACAACCUCGGAUUCACGCAACGGCACACUCCGCCGUCGCGCCAACCGUGGCCGCAGGCACCAUCAGCUCUCCCUCUCAACCGCCUCCCUCUCAGCCUCAGCCUCCGCAACAUCCCUCCUCUCCUCCGCCUCCUCAGCUUACUCCUCCGCCGAGGAGCCAGAAUGA